AUGGCUGGGUCGGCAUCACCGAUAGACAUCGCCACCUCGCGGCAGAGCUCAGGUUCGCCGCGAGGUCAACAAUCCAAUCUCACGACACAGCUGCAACAACCGAGCAUCAACGUACGACACGACGACGGCAUGGAGCCACCGCAAAUACCAACCGAGUCGCAGUAUCGUGGUCGGCAAGAGUCGAUAGGUAUGUUAGGCACAACUCCAUAUGGCGCUCGAUCGAUACCAAGCAAGGAUGGCUUCAGGCGCGAGAGCAACGUAAACGCGCUCGCUGGCAGUCUCAUGCAGGGCAUGAGUUGGGGUGGUAUCUCUGUCGGCAGCUUCAUUCGCGACGACAUGAUGAUGACUGGGACGUCUCCGUACAACUUCCAAUCGCCCUCGUUCCAUUCUUCAUCAUACCUGCCCAAAAUGGAGGCAAAUUACAUGAAGGAUUACGUAUGCUGCGACAUUCGCCUGGAUUCGAUGCACGAGCUGCUGCAACAUUACGAAGAAGCCCAUGCCGCACAACCGACACAGACAAUGGGCAGGACUCCAAAAGAACAGCAGUAUCCCAGUAGCAGAGCUGCCAACGCCACCAGCACGGCUCAGGCUGUGCAACAACAAGCUCAAGUCCAGCCAGCAAAUCUCAUGCCACAACCGCAAAUGCAACAACCGACAAACUUCCAGACUUCGCCACUAUUCAGCGGUCAAUCUGGCGAACAGGUCGAUUUCGAGAACCUAGACGGAAUGGACAUGGACACCAUGCAAUCGCCGCAAGGUGCACAGUUCCAGCCUCAGCCUCAGUUCGGUCGGCAACAACCUCGAGGUCCGUCUGUGAACGUCAACAUCGCCAACGCAUUCCAAGGUCAAGGUCUGCAGACUCCAACAACUCCUCGCCCUGGUCAGCAGAAUAUGGGUCUUCCGCAUAACCCCACAGUAUCGUCUGUCAAUACGCCUACACUCAUGACGCAGACUGCGUCGCAACAAACGGGCACCCCAGACUCUAGCAUGCCUAGUACGCCUGCUGAGCCAGCGGGUUUCGACUAUAACCAGCUAGGAAACAUGGGUCUGACGAAUUUUGACUACCAGCAACUCCUGCAGAAUCCGAACAUCGACCUCAACAGCCUUGAUCUCGCCCACAUGAACAAUGGUGGCUCAGGCACGAUUGAUGAUCCUGCGAAGCGGCUAUUAAGCAAGCAAGGCUACGGCAACAAGGGCACACCCAACCAGGCUCUCAUGAACAGCAACAGUAGCGAGCUAGCCAAACGGAUACGCGAAAGUCAACUACUCAACGGCCUAGCGGGCGUAGGUGGCUUUGUGGGUGAAGAGAUCAAGCCGUUCAAGUGCCCUGUUAUCGGCUGCGAGAAGGCGUACAAGAACCAGAACGGUCUGAAGUACCACAAGCAGCACGGUCACCAGAACCAGCAGCUGAAGGAGAACGUUGAUGGCACUUUCUCGAUCGUCGACCCGAAUACCAGUAUACCAUACCCCGGCACGAUUGGUAUGGAGAAGGAGAAGCCUUAUCGAUGCGAUGUUUGUGGCAAGCGAUACAAGAAUCUCAACGGACUAAAAUAUCACCGUCAACACUCACCACCAUGCAAUCCAGAGCUAAAGCUCGACGCCGCAGGCAUGCAAGGCUUGCCCAACAACGCCCAGGGCAUGAACGCGAACGUCGCUCAAGCACCCGUCAUGAACGACAUGACAGGCUAUUAG